CCCACAGCCGGGGCUCCAGGCGCGCCGCUGCCACUUCUGUGGCGCCGGGGGCUGGGCCAGCCGGCGCGGAUUGGGGCGGAGAAAGUGGAGCAGCCGGGCCUGGCAAGAGGUUACCCGACAGCUGUGAGCCGAACCCGCGGCGCGGGCGGUAGGAGGGAAGGCGGCGACGCCCAAGGUCAUGCCCUGACCACAGCUGCCUCUCAGGAGACUGGCCUGGAGCCAAAGUCACGUCAUUGGGCUGCUGGUCAAGGGUGGAGCGGGAGCGACGCUCGGCUUUUCCUCAUGAGCCCUGCCUGGGUGUCCACCUGGCACUCAGCACGAGCACGUCUCUUCCUCCCGGAGCAGCUGCUCGACCCGGAGGCCUGGCCUUCAGAGAGAGCUCCAGGAGCGUUCAGGCCUGGUGUGCUGCCUCCCCGACCCCACGUGUGUAAGGGGCCACGGGACUUGCUUAUGGUUCUGCAAAGACUUGAAGAAAUUGACAAACCUGGAUGGCUACCCCUGACAGGAGAGUAGUCUCUAGACCCCAGAGACUUGGCCAGGGUCCAAAGGAGAGUGGGGCAUGUCUGGGUCCCCUGGAGCUAGCCAUGCGGAGCAAGGCAUGGGAAUUCUUUCAGACCUGCGACACAGAAGGCAAGGGUUUCAUCACCAAGAGGGACAUGCAGAGGCUCCAUGAGGAGUUGCCACUCAGCCUGGAGGACCUGGAAGAUGUGUUUGAUGCCCUGGAUGCUGAUGGCAAUGGCUUUCUGACACCAGAGGAGUUCACCACUGGAUUUAGUCACUUCUUCUUCAGCCAGAAUGAGCCAGGUCAGGAAGAUGCCAGUGAACAGAUGGCUCAGCUCCAGGAAGAGAAGGUGUAUCAGUCCAGAGGGGAAGAGCACGUGGGCGACAUGGAUGAUGAUGAGGAGACCCAAUUCCAAACGCUGAUGGACAAACUUGGAGCCCAAAAGGGUUUUGAAGAUGAAAGUGAUAUCAAGCAACUCUGGCUACAGCUGAAGAAGGACGAACCUCACUUACUGGCCAACUUCGAGGAUUUCCUGACCAGGACCUUCUCCCAGCUCCAGGAAGCCCACGAGGAGAAGAACGAACUGGAGUGCGCCCUGAAAAAGAAAAUUGCUGCUUAUGAUGAAGAAAUCCAGCAUCUCUACGAGGAGAUGGAACAGCAAAUCAAGCAUGAGAAGGAGCAGUUUCUCCUAAAAGACACGGAGAGGUUUCAGACCCACAGCCAGGAGCUGGAGCAGAAACUGUUGUCGAAGAACCAGGAGCUGGAGCAGCUCAUCCAGAAGCAGAAGCGGCUGGAAGGUCAGUGCGCCAUGCUACAAAAUGAUGAGCAUGAAACCAAGGCUGAGAACACCAAGCUGAAAGUCACAAACCAGGAGCUGGCCCAGGAGCUGGCGCGGACCUCCCAGGAGCUGCAGGAUGCCCAGCAGCAGCUGGAAAGCCUCCAGCAAGAGGCCCGCCAACUCCACCAGGACAAGGAGACGGAAGUGUACCGCGUGACGGAGAGUCUGCAGCGCGAGAAGUCGGGGCUCCUGAAGCAGUUGGAUUUCCUGAGGGAAAGGAACAAGCAUCUUCAGGAUGAACGGGACAUACGUUAUCAGAAAGAUAAGGCAGCCAAGGCAAACACAGCUGCUUCCAAGGCGAACUGGAAACAGAGAUCUGGCUCCGUGAUAGGCAAAUACUUGGACGGCAGAGGGAUUCUUAGGAGCCAGUCAGAGGAGUUAGAAGAUGUGUUUGUCCUCCCGAGGAGGAGAAGCUCCCUAGGCCUGAGUGGAUAUCCCCUUCCAGAAGAGGAGCCAGGGGCUGAAGGUCCACUCCCCCGGGCACUCCGCAGAAUCAUCUCCAUUGAAGAAGACCCCCUGCCCCAGCUCCUGGAUGGCAGCUUUGAGCAGCCAUUGAGCAAAUGCCCAGAAGAGGAGGAGGUCACCCAGCAGAGGGUGGAAGGACAAAGCCAGCAGGCCAGAUCCUUGGAACCCAUGCCUACAUCUCCCCGAGGACAGCCUGUUGGAAAAGAAGCCUUGUCUAAGGAGGAAGCCUCUCCCUCCAGCCUAGACCGGCUCUUCAAAAUUGUGCUAGUGGGCAACUCCGCCGUGGGGAAGACUUCCUUCCUGAGGAGGUUCUGUGAGGAGCGGUUUGCCCCCGGCUUGGCAGCCACUGUGGGCAUCGACUAUCGGGUGAAGAUGGUGCGAGUGGACGACUCGUUCGUGGCGCUGCAGCUGUGGGACACGGCGGGGCAGGAGAGGUACCGCUGUAUCACCCAGCAGUUCUUCAGGAAGGCCGAUGGUGUCAUUGUCAUGUACGAUGUCACCGCCAGACAGUCGUUCCUGUCGGUCCGGCAGUGGCUGAGCAGCGUGGAGGAAGCUGUGGGAGACUACAUCCCUGUUCUUCUGCUGGGCAAUAAAAUUGACAACGAGAAAGAGCGGGAAGUUCCGCGAGGCCUCGGAGAGCAGCUUGCCAAGGAGAACAAUCUGAUCUUCUACGAAUGCAGUGCCUAUUCCGGUCACAACACCAAAGAGUCCCUGCUCCAUCUUGCCAGGAUCCUCAAGAAACAAGAAGAUACAGCGAGGGAGGACACAAUACAGGUUGACCGCCCUGCCAAAAAGAAAUCUUGCUGUGGCUGAUAAGAGUCCUCCUAGGCCUGCUCCAUGCAGGCAUGAGGUCACAGGACUUACCCUGAAUCCUGAACAUGGGCUCCUGCUUGGAUGCUUCCACCACAGCCUGCCUAAGCCUUUAUUUCUGUCAGUGACUUGCCUCCACCAACAGGAAAGGAAGCACAGCCAGUCAGAAAAGCCGCUCUUGAAACAUUUUGGAGUCUUCUUUCUCUUCUCUCUCUAGACCCCAGGUGCCCAUUUUCCCCCAGCUUGGUUUUGUGGGGAAAAGAAACAGAUGGGCUUUUCCAGAAAAAAUCACCACGUGCCUUCUCCACCUCCCUUCUGCUCCCCUUGCCCUUAGGAGCUGCAGCACCCUGGUUGCCAUGGCAACUGCACAGGGCCAACGUGCUGCUUCCUGUAGGCCAAAGACACAGCACUGGGGCAGGGCCAGGGCGGUGGGUCUUCCUUUGGCUCCUGUUCUCUGGAUAUCAAUAGGAUGCUCUUGGCAUAUGCUUUGUGGACCUUGAGAUGCCCACGUGGUGUUGAGAAAAGCAAGCCAGGGCGUUCACAUUCUAUUGCACACCCCAACCCCAGGGGUCCUGCUCCUUGCCAGGCUGCAGAACCCCGCCUCUCAGCAGCUGCCAUGCCUCCUGUAUUUGUCCCCUUGGGAUCUCUGGAACGUGCCUUACAAGAAACCCACACCCACUCCUCUCAACCACCCACCCAUGACCCUGACUCCAAGGUCGACUGUGGGUGAUAAAUGUGUGCCUGGGGUUAGGGAGUGGGCUUUCCUCCUACUUAACUUUGACUAAGAGAUGAAAAGAAAACAAGGGAAAAAAAACCCAUCUGCUGCUAAACAGAGCGACCAUUUCUGGAGUAUAAAUAAGGUAUAUAUAGCUCCGUAAAAGCCAUUUUCCAAUGUUUCUCAAAAUAGCUCUUCAAAAAAUUGUACAUGAUGAUUAAUGGGGUAGAUUGACAUGAACGCAGUGAGGCCCAGCACCAGGUCCAUAGUUACAGACUUCAUUUUAUUUUAUUUUUUUCCAGAAGACUGUAUUUUAAAAAAGAAAGUAUGGCUGUGUUGUUGACAUAUAGCUGGUGUUUGAGAAGUGAGCAAGGUGUAGCUGCAGGCUUCAGCACCCCUAGGACUUCACCAGCACAGGGCACUUCCAUUACAGGGAAUGAUCUGGGCCCAUGCGUGGUCCCUUCGUCUGGGUGGUGGUGGGUUCCCAGCCCCAGCAGGGCUCAAGCAUCACUGGCUGGCCGUCAGGGGGGCUGGCAAGGGGAGGACAUUCUUGCCCUGGGUGGGAGCCUGGAUGAAAAGAUCAUAAAGAUCACUCCCCAUUACCACUCUAGGGUUGCAGGCCCAGCCCCACAGGAAAGUGAGUGGUAUCCAUACCCAAAUGGGACAAAAUAGGAAGGGAGAGGAGCAGAAAGUCUCCACAGGUCUCCAAGAAGAUUCAAGACAACUGUACACAGCCAGCCAGGCAGGAGAGAGUCUGCUGGUCAGAGUUCCCAAGGGUGUUCCCUUGUAGCCCCCUCCCUGGACUCCUAAAACGGUCAGGGCCCCAUGGGUCACCAGAAAAGUGCCUACCUCUUUUUUGCAGGCUUUUCUCUCCCUCAUUUAGUGCUUGGAGGCAUGAGGGAGCCCCUGGAGGGUGCAGCACAAAAGCCAGCACUGAGCACCAAGUGGUGCCCCACGAUCUUGGGUAAGCCAGAUCCCUGUCUGGGCCACCAUUUCAUCAGUAAAAUGAAGGGUGGGUUCUUUGAUGCUUCUGGCUCUUCUUGCUCAGAGUGCUUAUAAUGAUACCUUCAUUUUCCAACUUAGGCUGGCCCUGGCCCCCAGUCCAAAUUUGAAGGGAACUCACAGGAAACUCCUUUCUCUAAGAGAGGGCCCUGGCAAUUGUCUCCUUCGUGGGAUGCAGGAGAUGAUGGGUUACCCUGAAGUGGCCCUCCAAUAUCUGUGUGGGUGUGUGUUGCGGUGUGAAUAUGUAUGGUUGUGGGGGUGGGGGCAGAUAGGGGAUAAAGAUCACCAUAAAGAAAGGAAAUCAAAUCUCCUGCUUCUGAAAACAAAAAGGCAGAGAUGGCAGUUGGAAUUUAUAGGGCAAGUAGGCUAUAUCUGGAGUUUCCCAAGCCCACAGAUACCUUUCUCCCCUAUACCAAGUCCCUAGCUUGGGGCUGCAUUUUUCCAUUUAGGAAAAGGGCAUUCAGGGUUUAGAGCAGUGUGGAAUGACCCUAGUGCCUGACCCUACAGCAUGUGGGGUAAAUCCCCACAAAGCCUCAAAGGUCCAGGCAGAGAAGUGAGGGCAGGAAGGAUCUUUAGGCCCCUGCUGAUUCUUUCUCUAACCCCACUUGAAACAAGUAUGGAGGAUGGGAGUUCAGAGAGACUCUGAGAAGUUCUGUGUCCCCAGGUUGAAGCUUCCGCUUCUCUCCCCGUUCCCUUUACGCUAUCAAGGUGAUCAAAGUCACGCCUGUGGCUAUGAGCCUGUCCCAGGGCCAGGCAGAGUGCUGUCAGAGAAACCUCUGGCUCCAAACCAUUUACAUUUCUGCAGUGAUCUUGAGCAAGUCAUCUGGCCAGGUUUCCUGUUCGUCUGUAGAUCAGAGGUUUCAGUGUCUACCUCACAUGGACACUUUAAGUAUUAAAUGAGGCAAUGAAUGUGAAAUACUUAGCACAGUGCCUAGCACACAUAGGUGCUAACAAGUAGGGGCUACCAUUGUUGUCAACACUGAGUCACUGCCCAGACCACUAGCCUUGCCCUAAUUUCAGAUUGAGAACAGCUAACACUUACUAAGCAUCUCCCCGUAAGUGGGUGCUCUCACAAACACUACCUCAUUUGAGUACCCAGUUGCUGAGCCCAUUUGCCUGGCAUACGAACUUGUUUUCAUCAUUGCCUCUUGGCCCUGUCCUCCUUUGUUCCUGUGGGUUUCCCUGGUUUUUCCAAUCAGUACCCAUAUUUUAUAGUAUCUAUGGUCUGCUUCCACAUAAUCCACAUAAUCCGCUCAGCCUCUCUGAGUGUGGUUCUCCAGGACGCAGACAGCAGCUGAGACCUGGUACCAGGGUGUUUACCUAAGAAUGAUCUGUGCUCAUUACCAUCCUUGGCCCCACAUUUUCUUCCCUAUUCUGACUCCUUGUGCUGCUUCUGGCAACUGCUGCUGCCCUCAGCCCUGAGUUGCCAAACCAGGGGCUUCAGCACCAAACCAAAGACCCGGUUGUUUUUAUGGGUUUUUGUUUGUUUGUUUUUAAGAUUUAUUUAUUUAUUUG